AUGGUCACCAGCCGCUCCAGGUGCAGCAGUGUGUGCGCCAGCCACAACCACAGCCUCGACGUGCAUGGAUCCUGUCCCCUUCGUGCCAUCGACAACAAGCACCAAGCCACAGCCCCCAAGGUCAAGUGCAUCCUCGAAGCAGCUACAUCUGUUGGCAGCAUUCCUGGCAGCAGCAGCACCAUCUCAGCAACAACAGCAACAACACCCACCAAUGCAAACAGCACUGUGUACCGCGACCGUCCUGUCGAUAUCAACCAUGCACGUUGGCUCGCAAAAGACGCCUCGACAACAGCAGCUACGCCAGCGCUAUUGAGUGAAACACAGCAAGUGUCGACACACCAGCACAAGCAAUGCCAGCAAGGCUGUCGACCGGCAGUGAUAGCAGCAGAGAAGAUUACAGGGCGGUUGGGUGAGACCAUGACACCAGGCGAGCCGGCGGAGCACCGCCAUGAAUUCCACCACCACCACAACGGCCGCGAAGUGGAAGACGAUGCUGUGGUCGCUCCAUCAUCACCGCACUGUCGUGGACUGAUGCCCAGUACUCGCGACCUGCAUGAGCAGGACACAGACAAGAAGCCGAGCCCCGCGCAUGCAACUGCUCAACUUACACACGCAUCACAGCAGCAGCAACAUCAAUGGCUGCAGCAGCAACAACAGCAUGAACCAGUACAACAGCAGCAGGAGGAUGAGAUGCAGAAGGGUGGUGGUAGAGGCGGCAGGCUGCGUGGCUCAAACACCCCCUCGUUGGUGUUCCCUCCAAACUGCACACGCAAGGAAGCUGUCCCAAGCAAGGCCAGGAAGCAACCACGUGUCAGCAGACCCGCAAAGUCAAACAAGCCAACCGCAAUUCGCAGGGAGGACCCAGCCAUACGCCAGCUGAUCCUCAAAUGCCGAGAACGAGAACGCCAGAAGCAGCAGCAACAGGAACCACAACGGGCUCAACAGCAACGCGCAGGCAAGCACCGGGCAACGCGUGAGGCAACGGUGAAUCGCCAACAACACCCUGCAAAGAGAAAGCAGCAAGUCAUGCGCAGCGGAGGGUCGUACUCAACGACAAAGGAUGCAAGAGGAAAGCAGGAACAGCGGUACCAACAAGGCGCCGCGCUCACACGCACGCUCACAGGGUUUGGGGUGUCGUGGCAGCCAGCCGCCAAGAUAAUGGGCACGCAGCAUGAGGAAACAAGGAGCAAGCACCGAUAG